CGGCGUGCGUGUUGAAACAUUAAGAGCGCAUUAAGAAUAAUAUUAUUUGUUAGUACUAAAUAAAAUACUGAAAUUAAAUACUAAGAAAAUAUAUAAUAAAUAAUUAAAUAAAUACUAGAGAAUCAAUGAAAAAUAAAUAAUAAAAAUAGCUACUUAAAUUUCAACGUUUUUUUUAUUCAUGCUGAAGUAGAAUAAUUAAAAAUAUAUUGUGUUUAAAAAUCUGUAAUAAGAAAUCUUUAAGUGCAGAGCAUAAAGAAAUGUGAAAAAUAAAAUAUGCGGUGUUUGUUAGAAAGUGUUUUUGUUGUUGGUACGAGUUAUGUGUUUUGCUUAAAUCUUAAAGGUCGACAAGAAAAAUUUUAUAAAAAAUAGAAAAGUUUGUCCAAAAAUUACCAUAAAAAGUGGGGAAAUGUAUGUUUAUGGAAAAUGUUAAAUUAUUAAAAGUGUUUACUCUAAACAAGAUCAUCAUGUGAAUUUUUAAAAGUUGAUUACCAUAAGACACUCGUACUUUCAAAAUCUUAAGGAUCCGAAGCAGCAACAUUUUUUGUACUUUUCAAAAAAGUAUAAAAAAUAUACAUAUAUCCCAACAUUUUCUUGCCCGGCAUGAAGUGACAUCAAAAAGUCAUGUUAUUUUUGCAACAUUCAAAUUAUAUUUACUUUGUAUUAGUAAAUAAUUAAAUCCAACAAACAGUACACAACCGCAACAAAAAUGCAUUUUCCUAAAAAAUUAAAAAAUCUAAAAAGAAGCCAUUUAAUGCUAAAACGAACUAUAAAUUUAUUAAAUUCUAUAACUAUUGAACAUCUACAAUUUAACUUAAAAUCCCUUUAGAUUAAGAAAAAAACUAAUUUGCUUUAAAUACUAUUUAAAUAAUACAUUUUGAUACACAUUUUUCUCGGAAAUAAAAACCCAACAAAUUGUGUGUGUUUUCCGGCAUUUAUGUUCCUGUAUGUGAUUUAAGUAGCUGAAUUUUCAUCUUUUUUUUGGAUAAUUUACACCUUAAUAAAAAAUCUUUUAAAAAAUAACCAACCAAAAAUAUAAAUUUUAAACUAAGCACAAAAUCCUUGGCAUCAACUCGUUGCGGUUUUAGUUAUUUUGAAGCAAAAAAAAAUAUACUGUAACUUGAGGAAAACCAUGAAGGAAAAUUGUAAAAUGUCAGAGUCGCGUCGACAAUCAGUCAGCUUUACCGCCAUGCCACCCGGUGUUUUAGCCAAUGACAGUCGUACCAAUUCCACCGAUGACAUACAAAUCGCUUUAGCACCACACAUACAAACCUAUUUAAGUCAAACAGGACGUCGUCAUUCCUGCUGCAGCGUCAUGUUACCCGUAGCCUUUGAACGUGCUGCCUCUAAUUCGUGGCUAGAUCCUAAAUUCGAUUCAGCCGUAUUGGAGGGCCAAUAUCAAACAAGUGUAUUUUCACAUGUACGAAUGAGAUACAGAUUCACUCUAUCCUACAUACUCCUUUGUUCAGUUGUCUGGUUUCUCUACUUUCUAGUAGAUGGCGGUUCAGAAGAUUUUUGGCGUCCUAUAUCAAGUUCCUUUUCUCUUAUAUCGCUUAUAACAAUCGUAGCCAUAUGCUUCACACACUGGGAUAUGUAUCGAGCAAAUCACAUAGCCACAUCCGCAAUUACGGCGGGAAUUUUGUGUGCCACAUCAUUAAUAUUCCUCACAUAUACCGGUCGAGCUUUUAGCCCUUUGGGCCACUUUGCCAUUUGUUUAGAAAUAGUCCUUCUUAUCUACACCGCCCUACCAAUGACUCUGUGGUUGAGUGCGGCCAUAGCCAUCAGCUAUACCAUAUUAUUUGAGGUGGUUACCCAUAUGGUGGUGGCAGGAAAUGCGGUGCAUGGCGCCACGGCAGAUUUUAGUUAUAAAAUUCUAUUCUUAAGGAUACUUUGUCAUGUGUGUGUACAUUUGGUGGGUUUGCAUGUGUUGGUCAUGAAUUUGGUGCGAAUGCGUGGUACUUUCAUGAAAGUAGGACAGAAUUUACUAGUCAGACGUCAGCUGGAGUUAGAGAAACAAUUAAAAGAGAAAAUGAUUCACUCGGUAAUGCCGCCUAAAGUUGCUGAUAUGUUAUUGAAUGAGGGAGGCAUUGAUGGUAAUAAUGAUGGUUCCAUAAAGCCCGAAUCACACUAUAUGCGUCCGAGGCCCUCGAAUGAUGUAAAGUCUUUAUUUCGUCCCUUUCACAUGCAUAGUAUGGAAAAUGUCAGUAUACUUUUCGCCGAUAUUGUAGGCUUUACACGAAUGUCUUCAACGAAAACCGCCGAACAGUUGGUGGAAAUUUUAAAUGAUCUCUUCGAAAGAUUCGAUGAUUUAUGUACGUUAAAUGGUUGCGAGAAAAUCUCUACACUAGGUGAUUGUUAUUAUUGUGUGUCGGGCUGUCCGGAACCUAGGCCGGAUCAUGCUAUAUGUUGUGUGGAAAUGGGUUUAGGUAUGAUAGAUGCUAUGCGUUGUUUUGAUGCACAGCGGCAUGAAGGUGUUAAAAUGCGUGUGGGAGUUCACACGGGCACUGUUUUGUGUGGUAUAGUUGGUACGAGGCGAGUCAAGUUUGAUGUCUGGAGUAACGAUGUAUCAUUGGCAAAUAAAAUGGAGUCGUCUGGUAAACCUGAACAAGUUCAUAUAUCCGAAGAAACAGCAAGUUUUCUGGGUGAAGCUUAUUAUCUAGAUGAAGGAGAAGAAGUUUUUGGUCACCGCACUUAUUUUGUGGUGGGUCGCCGAAAAGAUAUCUCCCGCGCCAACAGUUUAUGUCCCAGUGUACAUGCCAACUCAGCAAGUAGUCAUUUACAGCUGCCCGGUAUACCAGGACAACCUAUCUCGUUAACGCAAAGUGCUACCAAUAUUUCUGUUAUACAUCCCAAUGUUCCACCCGCUUCACCGGUGGGUCAACUAUCAACAUCCUUAAAUCCUUCUCCUGUACUCUCAAUACGACCAAGACUGACUUCGUUAAGCAUGAAAUUGCGCAAAAAAUCACAAUCCCGGGAAAUGGAUGUUGAACGUGGCAUUAUACACCCCGCUGCGGCGGGAAUACCGCCCGUUAUAGUUUGUCGUGAAAGACCAAAGAUUAUAAUAACAACGAAAAGUUUACCUGGAAGUUUGGAUUCUGAAAAUGAACCUGAACAAACGAAUGAUGAGAGCCAAGAGUCCAAUAAAAAUGGCAAAACUGCUGUAGCCAAUAGUAGACCAAAGAUAAGGUUAAAGGUAUGGAAGGUACCGAGAUUUCUUAAAAAACUAGAGGAUAUAGGUAAGACAAAUGAAAAGUCUACUAACACUGAGGUAAGCAUCAGCUUAAUGCAUCCUGUACCAAAGACACCCACGGGAAACGAAGAAACAGUAGCUUUUAUAGAACCCAAUGGUUAUCAACCGCUACAACCUGUGGUAGUAGAAAAUAGUAAACCUAAUACCAAUAUGCUGGAAAUACCGCAUAAACCCGCGCUGCAUCAUGUGGCUACUUCAACGGGAAUAAGUAACAGUGUUAAUCGUUCUCCCGAUGCUAGUUGUUGUUCUCCCGGUCAAUACUCCAUGUUCGAUGACAUCAUUGAUAUUAGAUCAUACAUUAGUCAGUCUCGUAGUGAUAUCUCUCCAUUUGGUAGAUCUGGUAGCUAUCGUUCGCAGUGCGGUAGAAGUGGACAAUCGGAAACCUCACCAUUACCUAGACCCAGGGCUUCCACCUUGACGGCAGCCAAAGCGGAGGGAGUGAAUAACAACAAUGCCACACAACCACUAAUUGUACCUGGUGCAGCUAAUGCACAUCAACCUACACACUCACGUAACUCCAGCAUAUGGCCGGAUGGUUUAAGUAUAUGUCCCUCCGCCACUUCCCGCAAAGAUUCAGGCAUCAAAAGUAAUUCUCGCCGUUCAUCGAUACAACAGCAAAUUUAUGCCCUUAACCAAACCGCCAUUAGUACUCACCGUGUUUCCGGCUAUUUUACCAGUUCAACUUCCAGCAUCUCCAAUUUGGGAGAUGUACAAAAUGUUCCCAAUGUGCCACUACCUGCCGCCAUGAUGCCACCACCUCCGCCUCAAGAUUUUGCAAGUGGACAAGUUGCUGAUCCUUUGGCAGCUUGUUUACAACAACUGCGCAAACAAUCAGAUCUCCAGCUGAUACGCUGUGUACGUGAUAAUGCCAAAUCCCAAAGGAGUUAUCUAGUCAAACCUCCUCUUAGGAGAUUUAGUUUAUACUUCAAAUCCCGCCAAAUGGAAAGAGACUUUCGUUCGAAAGCCCAUAGAUUUGGUAAUGAAAGUGAAACGGAAGGACCUCCCACUUUAGCCACGCCCAGAUAUAAUACUUACAUAGAUAUUUUCGUGGGUUUGGCGGUUUAUUUGUGUAUUUCCAUCUCUUUAUUCCUAAUGACACCGAACACGGUUACGCCCAGUUUUCGCCUAUGGGUAUCGCUUUUUACCUGCUUUACCGCCAUACAAAUAUUUGCUUUAUUUCUAUUUACCCGCCAAAUGUGUCGUAGACAUUCCACCCAUACCAGAACGAAAGUAGCCAAUAGUGAAUCCUGUGCCGAUCGUUUAUUUGAGGCCAUUUCUAGUUGGUAUCCUUGGCACAUAUGUUUGGCAGUAUUAAUGGCUAUGCCGGUUAUUUUAAUUAUAGCAAAUUUUCUUUUAUUGGAUCUCAAUGAACUGGAGGCGUUCGAAUAUCAUUACGGUUUCCUGAUAUUUGUGUGCAUAGUCCAUUUUUGCAAUUUUACCCAAUUAAACUGUUGGAUGCGUAAUAUUUUAGCCUUUCUAGCAGCUUUAUGUUUUGUGGGCAUAGCUGUUUCCCAACUAUUGGUCUACUCAAAUCGUUCCGAUGCCACCGAGUCCGCCGCAUCUCUACUCAAUGCCACCCGAUUGCCGCAUCUACGUCGGGAUGUGGCCAAAUAUAUUAUUGAAGAAAUUAAAUGGUUUCAAGAUUAUCAUGUCGAAAUCUAUUUGGAUUUAUUUCUUAUUCUUGUGUUAGUAUGGUUUCUGAAUCGGGAAUUUGAAAUUGGUUAUCGUUUGACAUUCUAUGGCAAUGCGGUAGCUAAUCAAGAUAAGAUUCGUGUCCAGAAUAUGAAAAAUCAAGCUGAUAUGUUACUGCACAACAUCAUACCGAAACAUGUAGCUGAACAUUUAAAAAAUACCGCCAAAUAUUCCGAAAAUCAUCAUAAUGUUGGUAUUAUUUUUGCCUCCAUUGUUAAUUUUAACGAAAUGUACGAUGAAAGCUAUUUGGGAGGCAAAGAAUAUUUGAGAGUUCUCAAUGAACUGAUAGGAGAUUUUGAUGAGUUGUUAUCACGUCCUGAAUUUAAAUGUGUGGAGAAAAUUAAAACUAUUGGUUCAACAUUUAUGGCAGCUAGUGGUUUGGAUCCCAAUCAUCGUGGCGAUGGCUAUGAACAUAUUUAUGCCUUAAUGGAAUUUUCCAUGGCCAUGCAGGGUGUAGUGGAUGCUUUCAAUAAGGAUCUAUUGGAGUUUAAUUUGAUACUGCGCAUAGGUUUCAAUGUGGGUGAUGUUACGGCUGGUGUUAUAGGCACUAGUAAACUGCACUACGAUAUAUGGGGUGAUGCGGUUAAUGUGGCUUCUCGUAUGGACUCCACUGGUGUUUCGAAUCGUAUACAAGUGGGUAAAGAUUGUUUACCCUUUUUGGAAGCCAAAUAUGAAUUUGAACCUCGUGGCAGUGUUUAUGUUAAGGGCAAAGAUAAUAUGGAAGUAUUUUUAUUUACCCGACGAAAACCUGAUCUUUUGGGUGAUGAUGAAGAGGAGGAAGAGACUCACAGUUCACAGAUGGGAAACGGUAAGCAAAAUGGUAGUGUUAGUUAAAUCAUAAAGAUGAUUUGUUUUCUUUUAAACAUACAUAUUAUAUGAUGGAGAAAUUUUUCUAUAAGAGACAAGGCAAAGGCACAAGAAGCAGUUUUUGUCAUAUUUCGUGUGAAGUUUUCAAAAACUGUUUUUACCAGCCGGCCUGUUUCUUGAAAAUAAAAAAUGGCUUAGAGUUUUUGAGAAAUGUAUGCAACUGUGUGGUUAGUAAAAUACCAAAAAGUUUUUCAAAAUGCUAAGGAAUGAUAUACAUUUAUUUUACUAAAACGAAUCUGACGAAGAAAUUUUAUUUCUCAAAUUUUUACUUAAUUAUAUUUAUAAAUCCUAUAUGCGAAUUUUCAAAUAUCGAAAUAUUCCUGCAUUUUAUGAAAAGCUUUGAUUUACUCCAGCGAUUACAAAUGGUUUCAAAUGCAUUUAAUGUGCGAAACUAAAAUUUUUUUGAUAAUUAAAUUAAUUGAAAAUAAUAAGUUAAAAUCCUAUAUGAUAUUUGUUAUAGCGAAAAUCUCAAGAUAUAUAAAAAGCUCUAUAUUAUUAGAAUGGUCCAUAAGAAUUAUCCUUAAAAUUAUGUUUUUAUGUGUUCUUCGUUUAUACGUUAAUUUUCUAAAAAUGAUCGCAUAACUAGACCCUAAACUUUGUGACUUAUAAUAUUCUGUUUUAUUAUCAAAUUUACUUGAAAAGUUAAAAAAUAUUUGUCUCAGAUUAUCUGAAAUUGGCUAAUAUUUUAGAAUAAGGCGUCAUUUAUGGCGAAAUUAUGUUUGUAAUUCUUUACUUUUUCAAGUAGUCAAAGUAUUACUUUUUCACUUUAUUAGAAUGGAAAAGAAAGCACCUCUUUUAAUCACCUCUUUUAACACGAGUACAAAUUUUAAGUUGUUUUCCAGAAAUCUCUUCCCUUUUAUUAAUCAUGACGAACUAUUCCGAAAUUGAAUGUGAAUAUUCCUCUAUAUUGGAAUUCAGAAUUUGAAUAUCCUUCUUUAGAACAAAUAUAAUGAAAAAUGGAACGAAACUCAGAUACGCCGAUUACUUACGAAGGACCAUAUUUAUUAGCAGCAUUAGUUACGAUAUAUUGAAUUCUUGAAACAGAUGAGAUUGCACGAAUAGAUUAGAUUGCACAAAAAGAAAGGUAUCUAAAGACAAGGCAUGGAAAACUCAAUACUUUUGUAUUUUUCAGUAAUAUUUAAUAUCGAAAAAUACAGAAAAUACCAGUUCUAUACAAAUAGUUAAUCAGGAUCUUUAUAAUAUGAAAAAAAUAAAAAAGAGAGAAUAUCUGUAAGUCAGGCAUGGAAAAUUCCGUACAAUAGUUACUUUUAAGUAAUUUUUGACUACUCAAUGGACUAGUUUUAUAAAUAGUCUAUGGAGUAGUUCGUACAUUACUUUAUUGACUUGUCCUAAAACUAUCUAAUAAAAUAGAGUAAUCCAUAGAAUACUCUAAAGACUAGGCCUUACAAUAUUAGUUAAUUGACUAAUGUAUAGAAUUGCCAAAAAAGGUAGACCUUACAAUAUUCAAUGGACUAGCCUAUAGAACAGUAAAUUGAAAAGUCUUAAGACAAACUAGUCUUAAAUUAUUCAAUAUACUAGUCCAUAUACUGGGUCAUAUAUUGGUUUAUAGAAUAGUCCAAAGUCUAGUUAAUAGACUAGUCUAAAGGUUCGUCAAUAGAAUAGUCAAUAGAUUUUUCUAAAGAAUACACAAACUAGUGUAUAGAAUAGAUUAUUGUCAAUUUAAAAGAUUAGUUUAUACUGCUCUAUUAAUGGUCUUUUGAAAAAUCGAACUAUUGACCUUUUGUCGAUGAAACUGAAGGUAGACAAUUAUGUCCUAAUAAAUUCGAAAUAUUUAGUUUCUUAUAAGAAAAACUUGUAAAAAAAUUAUUCUUUUAAAUUGUAAAAAGUCGAAAAAUCAACUUUUCUUAAAUGGCCAAAAAGCGGAAAGUGGAUUGACUCAUGUCUAGCAUAGUCACAGAUUUGUCAGCUGUCCAGCCCACAGAUAAGUCCAUAGACUAGCCAAUUGAUUAGUUAGUGAACAUAUCUAUAAAAAAUAAAAAAGUUUUUUCGUACAUCUAAUCUAUAAAAAGUACUAUUUUUAAUAAAAAUUUUAAAUAUUUCAAAAUUAAACUUUUCCCUGCUUGCGAAACACCAUAUUUGUUAACAGAUUUAGCCAAAACUCAACCCAUUCAUUCUAAAUAAUAAAACACAAAUUAUCCUUAAACAGAUGUGUUUUUAAAAUUUGAUAAAAGGUAAACAGCACGUUACUUAUGAAGGACCAUACAGUUUAGUCGAGACAUAAACCUUUUUUCAUGAGCUAAACAUGAGCUAUGGUAAAUAAAUAUAAAGUUUUGUUUUAUAAAAUCUUGCCGUUGAAAAUAAACAUUUUUUAAAUAAAAAUGACAUGAUGUUAAACAUUUAAUUUAAUAAGAAUACAUAAUAAAGUAAACAAAAUAACAACUUGUAUUUUAUAUGAAUAAGUCUUAUAUUUGAAUGUAUUAGCAAAAUGUUAACAACAUAAAACAAAUUGUAAAAAAAAUAAAAAAUGUAUUAGAAAAUCUUGUAAAAAAAUAGUAAAACUGUUAAAAAAAACAAGUAUUAAAAAACACAUUAGACAAAUUCUAAAUGUAUUCUUCAUAGAACUAAUUAUGAUAUUAACACUAUUCAGCGAGUACUUAGGAAAUUCAUUCUUUUGUCUAAAACUAGAAAAGGGUGAAAACAAAAAAUGUUGUCCAUGUUUCCUCCUAAAAUAAAAGUAUGUAAUUAACAUUUCUGUUUCUACAUUAACAAAACUAUAAACCGGAAAUUGUUUGUUAAUUUAUACCACCAUUGAAGAGUCAUAGUGAACAUUUUAAAAUCAAUAGUUUUCUUUUGAUAUUAACAACUUGAAUAGUGUUAAAUAUUAAGACAAAAGUAACUGAUAAUUAAUACUUUUUCAAAAAAGAAGCUCAAAAUAUUUAACAAAAUAAGAAAAAUGUUGAAAUGAAUUAUAAAUACAUGAAACGAACUCAAGUUUAAAACUGUUUUAAAACUAAUUAUAAAAAAUAAAGAUAAUUAAAUAAUAUCAUAAAAAAAACUUAUUUAUUAUUAAAAUAAUAACAAGAAAAAAAUCUCUAUGUCUACACCUUUAAAUAAAAAAAAAACAAUUUGUUACACAUUUUUUUAACAAAGAAUUUUAUAAAUUUUUUAAAUAUCAUUAAACCGUAACAAAAAAAAACAGAAAAAAUUAACUAAAUGUCGAAGUUUACAAAAUAUGCUUAUCACAGUCAAAAAAAAACAAUCAUUUUGAAAAACAACUGUGAACAGCCUUUAUAUAAAAAGAAAACCUAAAUAUCCUAUUACUCAAAUAAAUAUUUAUUGUGUAUAAAUUAUAGUUUUAUAAAAAUGUUACUAAUUUUUUAAUUGUAUAUAUUUUUUAGUUUUAU